GUUACAACAGCGAAGAGGAAGCGUGGAAACCUGCGCCAAACAACUGUUUUACGCCCAGUAGCUGGUUUAUUUACGAAAGCGUGCAUUGUGUUAAAUGUGAGCCUGUGCCUUUAAGAAAACCGGCGCGGAUCAAGCGAUUGCUGGAAAUGGAAACGUGAGUGAAAAUGUCCAUAGUAGCGAAGCGAUGUGGAGUCAAGUUUAUUCCUCCGUCCAUCAUACUCAUAUAUGAGAACAAAAACACCAGCAAGAUGAGGAAAAGAGUCAUACCUGUGAGGAACUUCUCUCAGUAUUCAGACUGCAGUCGAGCAGCAGAGAGACUGAAGCAUCACGUGCGUCACAGCAUGUAUCUGGAGUCGGUUUCUUUGGCUCAGCUGGAAAGGCUUCACCUCAUACUGCGAGAUCAUCUGAAGGGUCUCAGUCUGGAGGAGAGUCUCGCCGCCCGACGGGUGUCCGCCCCCAACGACGAGGACCUGAAUAAACUGAGCGAUGACGAGCUGAACCGCAGGAAGGCCCAGAUGGACGAGCUGUUCGAGUGCAACCGCAAACACAAGGAGGAUCCGGACUUCGUGUACGAUCUGGAGGUGAAGUUUCCAGAGAACAGCGUGCGAGAGACGUGCAGCUGGGAUGAAGAGCAGUCCGAUGAGGAGUUUUAGAGGAUCAGACGCGCUGGAACGCAUUUCAGACUGAAUGAAGACACAUGGAGAACUGGUGCAUUAUGGGGCUUCUGUUGAAGUCUGAUGAUAAACUAUACAUUUGCUGCUACAUAUUGUUUUAAGGUCACUUCCUCUAUGCUACACAUUGUUUUUUUGUUGUUUUUUGUCUUAUCCCUUUGAUUCUUUUAAAUAAAAUAGCAUCGAUAAUAUAAAAAAUACUUUAAUAUUUAAUUUAAUAAAUAUAAAAAAUGGAGGACAUUGAAACCUUAAGCCUCAACAUUUUUUUACAACUUUGUUCUUCAAAUAUUAUGUGAAUUUUAAAAAAAUAUUAUCAACUUUUAGUCAUACCAAAACAAUUAAAACUAAAAACACUAAAACACAUUUAACAUUAAUUUAAAUGAAUUAAAUGGUAACAGAAAUAAAACAGAAUAUAUAUAUUUAAAUAUAUAUAUACACACACACACACACAUAUAUAUACACACGCAUGUACACAUAUAUAUAUAUAUAUAUACACACAGUUGCAUGCGAAAGUUUGGGAAACCCUUGCAGAAUCUGUGAAAAUAUGAACAAUUUUAACAAAAUAAGAGACAUCAUACAAAAUGCAUUUUAUAUUUUAUUUAGUACUGUCCCGAGUAAGAUAUUUUGCAUAAAAGAUGUUUACAUUUAGUCCACAAGACCAAAAAAUAGCUGAAAUUAUUAAAAUAACCCCUUUCAAAAGUUUGUGAAGGUUCUUAAUACUGUGUGUGGUUACCUGGAUGAUCCACGACUGUUUUUUGGUUUGUGAUGGUUGUUCAUGAGUCACUUGUUUGUUCUGAACAGUUAAACUGAGCUCUGUUCUUCAGAAAAAUCCUCCAUGUCUGGCAGAUUCUUCAGUUUUCCAGCAUCUUUUGCAUAUUUGAACCCUUUCCAGCAGUGACUGUAUGAUUUUGAGAUCCAUCUUUUCACACCGAGGGACUCAAACACAACUAUUAAAAAAAGGUUCAAACAUUCACUGGUGAUCCUGAAGGAAACACGAUGCAUUAAGAGCCGGGGGGUGAAAACUUUUGAACAGGAUGAAGAUGUCCAAAUUUUUCUUAUUUUGUUGAAAUAUUUUUUUUUCCAUUUAUUACUGCCCUUCAGAAGCAACAGAAGAUACUUGCAUGUUUCCUAGAAGACAAAUUACAAUUUACCUUGAUCUUCAAAUUCAAAAAGUUUUCACCUCCCGGCUCUUAAUGCAUCAUGUCUCCUUCUGGAGUAUAUAUAUAUAUAUUUUAGUUGAUGCAGUUAAAUUAGUUUCUAAUUUUUGUUUAGUUUAGGUUGAAGUACUAAAAUUACUAAAGGUCAAAUACGAAUGUAUAAAAGCUAAACAGACAUAUUUAACAAUACAAUUACUAAAACUUUAAAACUAAAAUGAAAAAUUAAAUAUUCAAAAUUAAUAAAUAACUAAACAUUCAAAAUACUAAACUAAUUAUAUCAAAAGACAACUAAUUAUAAAGACAGAAAAAUGAA